AUGCGUUCAACGCUUCACUUGCUAUCCAUCUGCGUGUUCUGUACUCUCCUGGCAAAAGAGACAACGGGCACUCGCAUGCUGAAAUUCACCAAUGUCAAGUGCAUGGAUCUGCCCACGAACAACGGUUUCACCAAAUACGAGUUUUGCCGCCUAAAGGUUGUUGGCCGAAACUAUGUUGAGCUCUCACUGAAAUGUAGUCUCCUGAACCUGCCUAUCACGAAUCUGACGACCCGACUGCAGCUAUUCCAGCGACGGGAUGGGUAUCGGCCGUUCCUCUACAAUGUCUACUUUGACUUUUGUAAGCUGUUAAGCAACAUGGAUAGAGUAUUCUCACUGGAGAGUUAUAUCUUCGGUGCUGUACGUAAGUACAGUAAUUUCAAUCAGACCUGUCCCUGGACCCAGAAUUAUAUGUCCGUUGACAAAUUUGCCCUGAACUUUACCACGAUCAGUCUACCAGUGCCAACUGGCUAUUAUCGGUUUGAUUUCACUUUCUAUAGCUAUGGAGUACCCCGCACCUUGACGCAGGUGUAUUUCGAAAAACUCGAAUAAUUUCUAUGUACCCUAUGGAUUUUAAUAUUGUUGCCCAAAUUCCCACUUUUUGUUUGACCUUAUACACAUGCACUUUAAUUAAUAUUAUUAAAAUAUUUUAAAUUUUUCAUGCAAA